AUUGGUUUGUAAACCUAAACAGUGAACAUCAACAUACGUUUUAUCGGUUUCAUCGACCAAAAAUUCUCAAAAAUAUUAUUGUUUUCUGCAAUGGCAGAUAAAACAAACACAGAUGGAGAAGAUUUAACGGACUUAACCAAUUGGGUUUUCGUCGGUAACAUCCACCAGAAAGCAAAAAAGUCCCAGCUGGAGAGUCUUUUUCCAAAAGCAAAACAUAUCUGUUUUCGACGUAAUCAUGGGAUAUGUAACCCCAGCAAGGUCGCUCUGGUCAAGUUUGAGAACCAGACAGAGGUGCGGCGAGCAUGCCUGAUGAACCAGAAAAUAUGCAUGGACAAAAGACUGCUGAUCUUCAGUCUGAGGUGGAAUUGGUCGUUUUCCCCGAAGUUUUCAAUUAUGGUUAACAAUUUGGAACAAUCUAUCAGCGAAGAAAAGGUAUACAAUGCCUUUCAGUCCUUUGGUACAAUUAAUACUGUCUACAAACCGUUCCACCGUUAUGCAUAUAUUGCUUUUACGGACAAGCAAUCCGUUCAAAAUGCGCUGGCGCAAAAACGAUUUGCACCAGAAUCGAAUAUCGAAUUCUUUCCUAUACAGAGGGAUAUUCCAAUGGCAGUAGAAGUGCCCAAGAAACCGUACGAGGCCAUCGAAGAGAAAUGCCAAGCGUUCGGCCUAAAGUACAACUGGGAAGCUGAAUCGCAAACGCAGUUACUUGUAACUAAUAUUCCUCGUUACGCAUGUGAAACCGAUAUCCUACAAUAUCUCAGUACCUUCGGUAUAGUCACAGAAUGGAAGAUGGUUCCGUGUUGUUAUUCGAUACUCACGAAUAAUGGAUUGGUUACGUAUAAAGCCAAGGAGAUGGCCGUCAAUGCUUACAUACAUCGGAAUCAUUUUUUCCAAGGUGUCGCUCUGGAGAUCUACAAUGAGAAGAUAACAUACGGAGAAACCUUUUCCACCCAAGCUGUGUUACUGAAGAAUACCAGUAUCUAUUUGACAAACGAUGAAAUUUACGAAGCUCUAAGGUUAUGUGGUACUGUAACGUACCUGCAUCGCACCAAUGAGCACACAAUUGUCCGAUUUGAGGACGCUGAGGCCGCACAACAUGCUAUUAAAGUAAAACGAAUCGCCGAAGAAGACGUCUCGGUAUCGCUGUACACUGACCGUGACUACGAAACUAAAGUUCUGCAGCCUCUUCCAGCGAGUAAAUCGAGUGCUCUUAGGGAAGGAAAAGAAGAGAUCGUUAGGCUAGUAACUGUGGCACAAGCUUGCAGCGACAUAGCAACAAUUCAGAGUUUUAGCUACUACAAUCCUAACCCGUUGAGAUAUCGAAAUGAAGUCAUGAUCAUGAACUAUCCUCCGCUUGCAACAUGUGAGACUUUUAGAAAGCGCUUCAGGUAUCAAGGUUACGUAGAAUACUUUCGAAAGGUAAAUGUACCAGGUCUGCCACCGGCAGUAUUUCUGAGUUUCGCUACCGACUUAGAGGCAAGACAAGUGUGCUCGUUGAAUCAGACUACAAUGGCCGAUAAGAGACUGUUAAUUGUUAUGGCAUGUGAGAAGUUGUUAAUCGAACCAGAGUUCGCACUAAUUGUAGAUGAAUUGGACGCUGCUGUUACAGACGAAAUGAUACACGACCGAAUGAAUAAAUAUUCUAAAGUCAAAUUUGUACUACGACUAACCCAACAACAGGCUUUGGUACACUUUGUAGAUCCGUUUGACGAUGACCAAAAGUCGGAUGAACCUGCCUUGUCGUUUGAAGAUGACCAAAAGUCAGAGAAACCUGCUUUGUCCUUUGUCGAUGCCGUGUACAAACUAUAUAUCUUGCAACAGAAUGCGACGGUAGACGAACAUUUGCUCUCUUUGAUGCCGGUUGAUAAGCCGACUGAUGAUAGAUAUGAGAGCUCGCUUCAAACGUUAUCACGACACAUUGAGCUAAGUGAAGAUGUUGGAGUAAAUACUUCUGUAGAAGUAGCGAACGUCGGUGCCCAUGUUCCCUCUCAUGUUACGGAUCGGCCUUCACUAUCAAUAUUUACCAACAAGCAACCCAGAAUACAACAUGAAUCUUUGCACAUGCCGUUAUCAAACGGAAUACCUUCUACCCGGCCUUCGAAUAUGGUUUUACCGAAUGUGCUGAAUAAUAAUAAUCCGCUGUUUGGUAUAAAUUGGAGACCACCAGCUACCGUACACCCAAUAAUAGCUAGUGUCCAGGCAUUUCCACCAGUCCAAACAUUACCACCUAUUACGCCCGCUAUGGUACCACCAGCUACCGUACACUCAAUAAUGGCUAGUGUCCAGGCAUUACCACCAGUCCAAACAUUACCACCAGUACAGACAUUACCGCCUAUUACGCCCACUAUGGUACCACCAGCUACCGUACACCCAAUAAUGGCUAGUGUCCAGGCAUUACCACCAGUCCAAACAUUACCACCAGUCCAAACAUUACCACCAGUCCAAACAUUACCACCAGUACAGACAUUACCACCUGUUACGCCCGCUAUGGUACGACUAAUGAAAAAAGUGGAAAGCGUAAUGCUGUACACUCCAUCAUUCACCGGUAUGUCGAUGAUGCAACAAUUUCUACUAGUAAAUGGAAUUGUUAAUCAUAUUAUCGCUAACCCAAACUAUUUCAAGCUAAGCCAGGCAGAUAGAAUCAAUGCCUUAAUGAACACCCACCUCGGAGAGGUUGCAUACUUCCUUGGACAACUUCCUCCGAACCAGGUACCGCAACUUCUUUCCGUGGUCGAGACAGACUAUGUUGAAACCAUCAAUCAAGCAAUGGCCCUAUCGAACCCACAGCCAGAAAUGGAAUUGACCAAAUCAUAUGCAGCCGAUAAUCCAGUGCCAUCGUUAAGCCCAAUGGAUAAAGUCCGGUUGAUAGCCGGUGUAAAUGAGCAGUUUCAACAAAUACCUCAACUGGUCAAGAUGACUCUCGAUGACAAACUUAAUUUUCUAUUAAGCGGAUUCAACAAUUUUCUAUGUGCUGAUUUGUUAGCCCGAUUACCACGACCUCAGCAGAUAGAAUUAAUAGAAAACCUACAAAUGGACUAUAAACCGACAGAAUCUCAACCAGCAGUAAACACAUCAGAAGCAACGUUCGCCCGUCAACACCACAGCCAACCGAAACCGACAAUAAACCAGUCGGAUCCUCCUGCUUUAAAUACUACUCUUCCGUUCUUCUCCCAAUCAAGCAGUCUUUAUCCGCUCCCUCCAUCAUCUACAGGAAUUCUCCCACAAGUCAGUGAUCCUUACAAUAAGCAACCAACGCCCACAGUGAAUCGGUCACAUCCUCCUGCUAUAAAUCCAGCCCUGCCAUUCUACUCCCAAAAUUGCAGCCUUUUUUCACAUCCCCCACCGUCGGCCGUUCCUUACAACGACAUACUAGUCACGUCUUCCACAAGUUCCUACAAGCAAAACUUUCACCCGUUGUUGUCGAACAAGGAAACGGCCAACAGUAGCCGCUCGCCACCGGCGUGCUACCUUUCAUCGGACAGUGAUAACAAGACAGAGCUCUAUAAUCGUUCUCGAAAAAGAAAAAGACGUCGAUCUCGAUCGUGGACUAGAUCUCCGCCACGAUGGGGGAAACUGGAAAGACAAACAGAAAGAGAUCCCCUCGCUAGGUCUCGACCCAGGUCUCGAUCCGGCUUUCGAUCGAAGAGCAGAUCGCCGGAACGAUGGAGUUCUUCUGAGAGCGAAUCCGGUUCAUUGGAGAUUAGGAAUGCGGACGAACCAUUGCCAGUUGUUCUCGUCAGCCAUGUGGACAUAAAUGUUCCAACGGAGAAACUUUCGGAAAAGUUCUCACAAUUCGGUCAAAUUGUGUCCAUUCGACCAAGUCACAGCAGAAAUGGUCGGCGAAACAAAAUCAAGCGCGCGUACAUCCGUUUCGAUACAUACAAUCAGGCAAGGCAGGCGCUUGGGCUUCAUUUGACUCACUAUCAGGGUCAUCUUAUACGUGUAAGGUUUGCUAAUCAACGACCAACACUGCAGACGGAUCUCGCAGUGAAAGCAACGUUUCUAGAUCCCGGACUGAUGGAUAAAUCCGUGCAACGGAAUGAAGGAAAAGUUUUAGUUAGAUUUCAGAAGCAUGGCCCCAUUGCCAAUCUGUAUGCGCGAGAUUAUCUUAAUUACUUGAUUGUUUACAAGCACCACAGCUCAGUUACUGCAGCGUUGAAGGAGGACUAUAUGAGGAAGACUGUGAAAUGUUUGGUUACAAGACUAAGAUUAGAAUAAAGCCGA